AAAAAAAGGUUAAUUUCUGAGUCAGCAACAGGUAAAUACAGGACAGGUGGGUGGGAUUGAGGUGUGCUCUGGAGCAUAAAUAGAGGCUCAGACAGCGCCGGCACAGUCUGAAGCUCGGACCGCAUCCUGGCAGCCUUGCACCAGGAAGGUGAGUGGGGAAAUACAGAUUUGCCAUGGAGAAGAUAUCAGUAUCAGCAUUCUUGCUGCUUGUAGCCCUCUCUUAUAGUCUAGCCAAAGAUACUACAGUCAAACCUGGAGCUAAAAAGGACACAAAGGACUCUCGACCCAAACUGCCACAGACUCUCUCCAGAGGUUGGGGUGAUCAACUCAUCUGGACUCAGACAUACGAAGAAGCUUUAUACAAAUCUAAGACAAGCAACAAACCCUUGAUGAUUAUUCAUCACUUGGAUGAAUGCCCACACAGUCAAGCUUUAAAGAAAGUGUUUGCUGAAAACAAAGAAAUCCAGAAACUGGCAGAGCAGUUUGUCCUCCUCAACCUAGUGUAUGAAACAACCGACAAGCACCUUUCUCCUGAUGGCCAGUAUGUACCCAGGAUCAUGUUUGUUGACCCAUCCCUGACUGUGAGGGCUGACAUCACUGGAAGAUACUCAAAUCGUCUCUAUGCUUAUGAGCCUUCAGAUUCAUCACUAUUGCUUGACAACAUGAAGAAAGCUCUCAAGUUGCUGAAGACAGAAUUGUAA